GCCCGUAGCCCCCGCACGGCAGCGCCGUAAAGCGCCGGGCCAUGGCGGCCGCCCGGGUGCUGCGGGCCGGUGGCUGUUAUCGCCGCCACCCCCUCGCCUCCGCUUCCUCCUCCGCCUCCUCCGGCAGCGGCCGCGCGGCGGAGCGCGGGGAGCGGCCGGACAGCGUGGGCCUGGGUUUCCGUCCCCCUCCACACUCGCACAGCGACUGGAUCGGGCCCCCGGACAAGCACUCCAACCUGCGCCCCGUCAUCUUCUACGUGCCCCCCGAGGAGUCGGCGCUGGAGCGGCGCUUGCGGGAGGCGCGCCAGGAGGCGCAGGCCAGCAACCAGCGCUUCUGGGCACGGCACAACCGCGCCUUCCGCCAGGAAAAAGAAGAAUUUAUUUAUUCAAGACUGAAAGCCAAGGGUCUGGAAAUGAGAGAUGAAUCAGGUCAAAAAGCAACACUGAGUGCAGAAGAAAUGGCUGACUUUUACAAGGACUUUCUAAGUAAAAAUUUUAAAAAGCAUUUGCAGUACAACAGAGAUUGGUAUAAACAUAACUUUAGGAUCACAUUCCUCAUGGGACAAGUUGCACUGAUGAGAGCUCUGAGGUGGCUUCGUGGGAGAAAGAGAAAUGUAGAACAGUAAUCACAGCUCCAUGAAGAAUGCAACACUGCAUGUUAUAAAAUUGUGGUUUUUAGUAAUGUUCAAAAUCUGAAUGAUUGAUGCAAUAAUUACUUGAAUUUGUUUGUACAACUAUGUAAAUAAAAGUCAACACUGGUCUUAA